AGGGAGAUGCCCCACCAGCAGGGGCUAACAGAAUGCCAUAAAAGCCCGCGCUCACCACAGAUGGUCUCGGAUAACUUCUUAAUGCAACUCACAUCACCCUGUCCUAUAACCUGUCAUCGCCACCAAUAAGUUCCCUCACCAACUAGUACUUUUUUUUGCCUAUCAUGGUCACGCCCACGAGAUUUACAUGCUUCAGCAGACUACCACCGGAGAUACGGUUACUGAUAUGGAAGCACCACACGCUUCCAAACGGUCCUAUCAUGUACCUACCGCCUGGUCUGGGCUCGAGUGUACGAUAUAUUAGAUAUUCUCGUUCUUACCGGAGAAUUGAUAUGUCUACUGCUAGACGUCUAUUGUGCGUGAACAUGGAGGCAAGAACCGCGGUGAUAGACAACCGGGAAGUCGUUUAUGUUGAGUUUCCUUAUUUGGGGGUAGGGCCAGAUAUUACAGUUCGAGAUUUGGAACCAAGCUGUCGGCCCCCCAAGAAUAACCUCGACUGGGAGAGGAACACUUUCUCGUACCUAAUGUACCUACGCAACCCAAAAUCAUUCUUUCUUAUGGAUGGCUCUAGUGUUAGCCAGGUCCAGAACAGUACCAAAAAUCUCGUCAUGAUUCCCAUGGGUAGGGGUCUCGCUGAUUUGGAUGACCGUUCCAAAAGUCUCGCUUUCGAUGAUUGGAACUGGAGACCAGACUAUAUGCAAUUACUCCUCCGCUCCCUGGGAGAAAAUCUACCACUUUUCACCUCGACUGAGACAUUCCGCCGUAUGGUAAUCCACGCAAAGAGCACCGACGCAGAGUAUGAGAGUCGAUGUCGCGAGAAUGAUGAUUCACGUGAUAUUGACUGCCCUUGUCAAGCCUUCUACGAAAACGAAAUGAUGCCGAUCCCAUGUCCGCUUUGCUUAGGAUCUGAACUCUUUCCGCGUUCAGCCAAAUUUCUUCGACAUUUCAGGUUGUGUGGCCCAUCGAACAGCCGGCGCGGCAGCCUAUUCAGAAGUGUCGUCGAGGAGGGUUUAUCAGCGACGGAUGAGAAUGCUUUCAGAAACUAUCAGCGAAGAGUCGAUGCUUAUGCUUGUCGGUCAUAUUUCCCAUAAAGAGUGAGGCGUGUUACACGUACUUUUUCCGGUUCUCGAUCCUGCCCUGGCACCAAUGCCAUUGGGAACUACCACUUCAGUAUUGCUUAUGUAUUAGGAAUCUUGGAACACAUGAUCACUUUUGAGAGGACUGCCAGGUUUUUCACUUGCGGGUAUCAGUAGUGCUCAAGACCUCAUUUAUCUCCUGUCGAUUUUUUCAGUCUUUUUCUACCCCCG